CGAUACGCCGACAAAGAGAAGUGGCCUGUUGUGGAACGCCACGCCCAAGAACAAAGCCAUCAAGAAAGAAGACACUGAUGAGGAUUCUGCUCCCAAAACGCCGUCAGCCAGCGCUGGAGGACGCAAGAAGUCCAAGAACAACGUCCGCGAAAGCACUGUCGACGACUCCAUCGAAACCAAAUCCACCGGGAAGCGCGCGCGCAAGCCGAAGAAGAGUGUGAGCGUUGUGGACGACGAGGACGAUGAAGCCAGCUUCGGCUCGCCAGCAAAGAAGCAGAAGGUCGGCGUCCGUCGCUCCGUCAAGAAGAUCAACUACAAUGAGCACCUCUCAGACGACGACGUCUUCGGCGAUGCGAAGCAGGAAGAGCACAAUGAUGACAUCUACGAACAACCAGAGUCUGAGUUCGCCGCUCCAGCGCAGGUGGACUGGGCAGCAAUUCCACUCGCGCCUGUGGGCUCCAAAGGACUUAUGCGUGCAGAGUGGGCGCACAAGGGGAACGGAUCUUCGAAGCAGACUCAAGGCAAGGCCAGGGCCAACGCUGGUUUCGCUCACCGGGCUCAUCGUCAUGCUCAUGCGAACAUCGCUGUGACAGGACAAUCGGCAGACAUCUCCAGUCCGAUUCCCAACACUCCGGGCAAACCGAAGAAAACAUCUUCGCACACGACUGGAAGAUCCAUCACGUCAGGCGUCACCCUCUCUCCGGAGGAGACUCCGAAGAAGCACCGUGCGCACACCAACGUGCCAGCAGCCAUGAAUGAGGAGGAAGAAGUGGAAUUUUCGGCUUACGACGACCAUGGCCACGGCGUUCUGCUUCCCGAGGCGAACAUGAUGGGGGAUUUCAGCUACAAUGCCCACAACCCAGGCUUCUUCAACGUACCCGGCACCUACGGAGGUCUCCGUUUCCAGAACGGGUUGACGGCAAACGGCAAUCACUUCCCACCCACUUACAACACACAACCGAUGAUGGGUGCGCACAUGUCCACGACGGACUACAGCAGCAGCAACAGCAGCACGCUGCCUGACUUUACUGCGCACACCGCGACCAACAUCGGCAUGACUGCGGCAAACAUGAUCGCCCCGACUUCCCCGGCCAUGCAGAUGAUCCCCGCACACGUCCAAUUUGCCGCGAACCAGUUCAACUCUCAUAACAAUCACCACAACGGCAUGGACAACUUCCAUGACGGCAGCGCGUCCGACAGCUACAAUUACACUGACACCGCCGGCGUAACGCCGUCCAUGAAUGACGCCAACUUCGAUUCUUUCGACUCGCAGCCCGCUUUGCACGCCACUCAAUCAAGCAGCAUGUCCUCCGCCUCUGGCUCUCCAACCGCCGAGGCCAGCGACGCAUUCGCGCAAAGCAUGAGCGACAGCUUCGAUUCCUCAAGCGAUGGGCUUGUUAAGCAGUCGGAGGGGAUGAAGAUCCAUGACCACGAGAAACCUUUCGAUCCGAUGCUGUAUCAGCAGGAGGAGCCUGAUGAUGUUUUUGCGGAUUUGGGGGAGUAUGAGCAUGACGAAGAAUUGGCGAAGGAGCUUGGGUUGAUACUUGGCUCGUAGAGAUGGUGCUCUGUUGGAGAGCUGAGUCUGGGCUUGGGACAACGGGCAUGCGGCCCCGCUAUCACUGGAACGCGGCGGGUGGUCUUGAGGGAAAGGGAUGGAUGUGACACUUGGGAUUUGAGCGAUGUGAUGUGACAAACGAGAUCAAUGAGGCAUAUGGACUAGACGGAGGCAUCGGUCUCUGCAAGUCCUCGAGUAUAUAGUCUCCCAAAGCCACAAUGAUAACUG